AACAACAUCAAUAACCGUCACUUCAUCUCGAUCUGUUAUUUCUGUUAUAACCGUUUUCAUUUUCUCAGAUCUGAAAUAUAUAUAUUUUUUUAAAUAAUAAAUAAAUAAGUUUUUACCUUAAUUAAUUAAUUAAUUUGUUUUUUUUUUCACAAAAGUUUAUUUUAUUGCUAUUUAUGGAAAUGGCUGCAAUUUCAUCAAGUCCUCGUACUGUUGAAGAGAUCUUCAAGGAUUACAGUGCUCGUCGUUCCGGCAUCGUUCGUGCUCUCACUUACGAUGUUGAUGAGUUUUAUGCUACCUGCGAUCCAGAGAAAGAGAAUUUGUGUUUGUAUGGACAUCCAAAUGAAACAUGGGAGGUCACGCUGCCAGCAGAGGAAGUCCCUCCAGAACUUCCGGAACCAGCUUUGGGGAUCAAUUUUGCAAGGGAUGGUAUGCAGAGAAGAGAUUGGCUGUCGUUGGUGGCUGUCCAUACUGAUUCUUGGUUGUUGGCGGUUGCUUUCUACUUUGGUGCUCGCUUGAAUAGAAAUGAGAGGAAACGUCUGUUCAGCAUGAUAAAUGACCUACCCACCGUCUUUGAAGUCGUAACAGAGAGGAAGCAUUCCAAGGAGAAGCCUAAUGCAGAUAACGGCAACAAAUCUAGAUCGAGCACAAAAAGAACGAAUGAUGGUCAGGCAAAGAGCACACCAAGGGGUUAUGAUGAAGGUUAUGCAGAAGAUGAUGAUGAACAUGGAGAAACCCUUUGUGGGAGCUGUGGAGGGAAUUACAGUGGGGAUGAGUUUUGGAUUGGGUGUGACAUAUGUGAGAGGUGGUAUCAUGGUAAGUGUGUGAAAAUAACACCAGCUAAAGCUGAAAGCAUCAAGCAGUACAAAUGCCCUUCUUGCAGCACAAAGAAAGGGCGCCCGUAAGGCCAUGACAGUAAUGCCCCUUCAAACUUAUGGGACGUCUAUCUAUUUGCUAGUAGGAUCUGGUCUUUUUUCUACAACAUAUAUAGGUAUAUGUGGUUAUUGAAGUGACUUUGACUUCUUUUUUUUAGGAUAUGGUUUUGUUGCAGGAUUGUAAGUUUAGCUGUUCAGCUUAGUGAUACAGUGCUUGUCGCCCCUUUGUUA